GCAUUUGAGUCAUUUGGCUUGGAUCCUCUCUUUUCCGCGUCUGCUCCACCAAAGUCCAUUUUUUCCUUCCAAAUAUAAACUCUGAUUUCGCAGAGAAGAAGGAGAAGCAAUGGAGAUGAUUUCUCUACAGUACUCUUCUGAUAACCCCCCUCUCUCUGUUUUAGUCGCCGCUUCAAUUUCAGGUGUCCCUCUCUCUCCUGAUCCUUGCCUUCCUGCUGGUUCCUCUCCUGUAUUCGCCUUUGAAUCCGGAUUGAAAUUGCAUGGGACCGCUGUGCUUUUGCGUUUUGUUGGGCGAGCAGGGAGCCUUCCCAAAUUUUAUGAACGUGAUGCAUUUGAAUCUGGACAGAUUGAUGAAUGGCUCGAAUAUGCACCUACCCUUUCGUCUGGGGCUGAAUUUGAGGUAGCAUCUAGCUACAUCGAUGUGUUCCUCUCCCUCCGUACAUUCUUGGUGGGUCACAUUCUAUCCAUCGCCGACAUUGCAAUCUGGUCUGGCCUUGCAGGCACUGGACAAAGAUGGGAAAGUUUGAGGAAAUCAAAUAAAUAUCCAAAUCUCGUAAGGUGGUUUAAUUCGUUAGCGAUGGAAUACCCUGCACUUCUAAACGAGGUUACAGAGAAAUUUGUGGGUAAAAGAGGAGUAGGCAAGCCUCGAGCUAUGAAACCAAAGGAAAGAGAUGAGAGCUUGUCAAAAGGAGAGAGUAAUGAGAAGGAAAAGGCUAGUGGUACAACGUUUGAAGUUGACCUGCCUCAUGCCGAAGUAGGAAAAGUAUGCCUUCGGUUCGCUCCAGAGCCAAGUGGGUACCUUCAUAUCGGGCAUGCCAAGGCUGCACUUUUGAACAGGUAUUUUGCCGAGCGAUACAAAGGCAGGUUAAUUGUGCGUUUUGAUGAUACAAAUCCUUCAAAAGAAAGUAAUGAGUUUGUAGAGAAUUUAUUGAUUGAUAUAGCAAGUUUGGGUAUCAAAUGGGACGCUAUCACUUACACAUCUAGCUACUUUGAUGAAUUAAUGGGGAUGGCUAAAAAAUUGAUUGAAGAGGGGAAAGCCUAUGUUGAUGAUACCCCACGAGAGCAAAUGCAGAAAGAGAGAAUGGAUGGAAUUGAAUCAAAGUGUAGAAAUAAUAGUGUUGAACAGAAUCUGGCAUUAUGGAAAGACAUGAUUGGUGGAACUGAGAGGGGCCUUCAAUGUUGUGUUCGUGGAAAACUUGAUAUGCAAGCCUUGAAUAAGACUCUUAGGGAUCCUGUUUACUAUCGAUGCAACCCGGUCGCCCAUCAUCGUGUUGGUUCAAACUAUAAGGUCUACCCAACUUAUGACUUUGCAUGCCCAUAUGUCGAUAGCAUUGAGGGGAUAACAAAUGCUCUUCGAGCAAGCGAGUAUCAUGAUAGGAAUGAGCAGUACCAUAGGAUUUUGGAUGAUAUGAAUUUGCGACAGGUGCACAUAUACGAAUUCAGCCGGUUGAAUCUUGUGUACACUCUCUUGAGCAAGCGUAAACUUAAAUGGUUUGUAGAGAGUGGGAAAGUCGAGGGAUGGGAUGAUCCUCGUUUCCCAACUGUGCAGGGAAUAAUACGUAGAGGGCUGAUGGUGGAUGCAUUAGUGCAGUUUAUUCUCUCACAGGGGGCAUCUAAGAAUCUCAAUCUCAUGGAAUGGGACAAGCUGUGGACCAUCAACAAGAAAAUCAUUGACCCAGUAUGCCCAAGGCAUACCGCUGUCCUUGAGGAAGGACGAGUAACACUGGUUCUCUCUGAUGGGCCAAGGACCCCGUUUGUGCAAAUCGUACCUAGGCAUAAGAAAUAUGAUGGUGCAGGGAAAAAAGCCACCACUUACAUGAAGAGGAUUUUGAUUGAUGGUGCUGAUGCAUCUGCUAUUUCAGAAGGGGAGGAGGUAACAUUAAUGGAUUGGGGAAAUGCCAUAAUCAAAGAAAUUCAGAAGGAUGAAAAUGGGAAUAUUACACUUUUAACUGGAGUUCUUCACCUAGAAGGGUCUGUUAAAACAACAAAAUUGAAGCUCACAUGGUUGCCUGAAACACCUGAGUUGGUCAGUCUUUCGUUAGUUGAGCUGGACUACCUCAUCACGAAAAAGAAGCUUGAUGAAGAUGAAGAUUUUCUCGACGCUCUUAACCCUUGCACGAAGUGGGAGUUACCAGCCCUUGGUGAUUCAAACAUGCGCAACCUUAAACGUGGUGAGAUAUUGCAGCUGGAAAGGAAAGGUUAUUACAGGUGUGAUGUCCCUUUCCUUAAACCCUCAAAGCCCAUGGUUCUAAUUGCAAUACCUGAUGGUAGGCAGCAACCAGUACCAAGGCGGCCCUGCUAAAUUUCUCACUUUUGUUUAGGGUUUCUCUUCUUUUCUUCAACAUGUUCCAUUAAAAGUUCGAAAACAUUUGACCCGGGAAUGUCUAUAUGAUGGUUAAAUUGAGGGGCAUCUUUUUUUAUUGUGGUUAGUUUUAUAGUGGUGAGCUUGUAACAAGAUAUGUUGUUUGGUUAUUUUGAGGAAUUGGUGGUCUCGCUUUCACCGCAGAGCACUUGUUUUUGUUGAAUGAGAGGUUCUUGGAGGUCA